CUGACAUAAAAGUCAUGAUUGAACUUACACACCACUCCCUCCCCAUUUUCUUCUCCUUUCUUUCUACAUUUCUAUUUAAUCCCUUCUCACACGCUUCCUUCCACUCCCAAACCAAUCUCUCUCCCUUCAAAACCAAUUUCCCAUUCUCCUCUUUUUCAUUCCAAAAGAGUGUUUGCUUUGUAUCCUAUACAAUAGAGAUUAUGAUUAUGGUUGAAAAAGAAGACUUGGGUUUAAGUCUAAGCUUAAACUUAUUUCAAAAUACCCCAAAGCAACCUCAACCUCUCAACCUCAUAUCCUCUUCUCCUUAUUUCCAUCCUCUAAAACUCUCUUCUCAACAAACUAUCACUCCCUCAACAGAUCAAAACUCGAAACUUGGAAUUGAUGUGAAUCGAUUGCCAUGUACCGUUGUUGAAUGCGAAGAAGAGGAAGCAGGGGUUUCAUCUCCAAACAGUACGGUUUCUAGUGUAAGUGGAAAACGAAGCUUGAGAGAAUUAGAUCAUGACGUGGACAAUAGAGGGAAUAUCAGUGAUGAAGAAGACGCUGAAACCGCUAGGAAAAAACUCAGACUCUCUAAAGACCAAUCACUUAUUCUAGAAGAAACAUUCAAAGAACACAAUACCCUUAAUCCCAAACAAAAGUUAGCACUUGCAAAACAACUUGGCCUUCGUCCAAGACAAGUUGAAGUCUGGUUCCAAAACAGAAGAGCCAGGACAAAGCUAAAGCAAACGGAGGUUGAUUGUGAGGUGUUGAAAAGGUGUUGUGAAAAUCUAACGGAGGAAAAUAGGAGACUACAGAAGGAAGUUCAAGAGCUAAGAGCACUGAAACUUUCCCCUCAAUUUUACAUGCAAAUGACACCACCCACUACUCUUACUAUGUGCCCAUCUUGUGAACGUGUGGCUGUUCCAUCUUCCGGUGUUGGUGUUGAUGCAUCUAACCGUCACAUUUCUAUGGCCCAAGCCCAUCAUCGGGCUUUACCUAUAGGCCCGUGGGCUUCUGUAGCUCCCAUCACGCAUAGGAUGUUUGAUGUUUUCCGUCAAUGAUCAUGGCGUAUUAUUAAGGGCUAUUUGGUCAUUGUAGGUUGUAAUAAUGUGCUUUGGAAUCAUGUGAUGCAAAGUGAGAGGUUUAAGACAUUAUUAUUGUGACUAAAAACGUGAUUUGGUGGGUCCAAUGUUUUGUAUGUUUGACCCAUCAUCUUUUGUUUUGUUUGAGUACUACGACUAGGAAAAUAGGAGGCUGUUACUUGUUAGUGUUAGUUUCUAAAUACUUGACUUACUUUUUCCAUUUUAAGACACUAUCAUAGACUUUAUGUAAAGUGCAGUUGUCUAAUUAAUCAAUCAAUUAAUUAAUUAAUCAUGUAUUCCUA